AUGAAGCAAUUUGCCUCUGCAUUUUCGCUACUUGCGCUGCUCCCUGUGUCUUUGGGGCAAUUUCCGCCAGCGCCUACUGGACUGGAUAUCGUUACCUCGAAGGUCAACUCCCAAGUGAAAAUCUCAUACAAAGAAACCAACAUUUGCGAGACCACCAAGGGCGUCAAGUCCUAUAGUGGUUAUGUCCAUCUUCCAGGGUCCCUCCUCUCAGACGUCGGCGGCUUCGACAUAAACACCUAUUUCAUAUAUUUCGAGGCGAGACACAAUGCUUCUACAGCUCCGCUUGCAAUCUACCUUGCUGGAGGCCCCGGUGAGAGCUCGAUCUACACGGCAUUGGCCAGCGAAAGCGGGCCGUGCUAUGUCAAUGUCGCGGGCAACGACACCAUCAUCAACCCGUGGUCAUUCAACAACUAUGUCAAUAUGCUUUAUCUUGACCAGCCUGUGCAAACAGGCUUCUCGUACGACGAGCUUGUCAACGGAACAUUCAACCUCGAGACGCAGAUCAUCACCCCGGAGCAUUUCAGCGCCUCUUCGCCUUUGCCGGCGAUAAAUGCAACUUUCCAAGUUGGCACGUUCCCCAGCCAGGAUCCCCUGCAUGUCACAAACACCACAGUGUCGAGCGCCAGAGCUCUGUGGCACGCCACUGAGCACUGGCUGUCUUCCUUUCCAGAGUACUCGACCUCAUCCAAUAAGUUCAGCAUCUGGGCCAAUUCGUACGGCGGAUACUGGGGCCCAGAGACUGCAGCCCUCUUCAGCAAAAGUCUCGAGAACCUCCCAACCACACAUCCCUUGAAGGGAAAGAAUUUGACACUCGACACCCUGGGCAUCACCAAUGGAUGCAUCGAUAUGGAAUACUCCAUGCCAGGCUAUCCCCAGUUCGCCUACAACAACACCUACGGUGUCCACUUCAUCCCCGAAGCCGUCUACAAGGAGGCCAUGGACAACAUAACAAAACCAAAGGGUUGCAUGGACCUCAUGAACACCUGUCGCUCGCUGGGCCAGACGGGCGACCCGGAUUUCAACGGCAACAACCAGACCGUCAACUCAGCGUGCAUGGCAGCAUCAGAGUCCUGCUCCGGGAUCAUGAGUGCCUUCGACGCAUUGAACAAUCGAAGCGACUUCGACGUGGCGGUGCACACCCCAGAUCCAUGCCCCUACAACCUCGGCGUGACGAAAUACCUCAACCUGCCCGCCGUGCAGACUUCCCUCGGCGUUCCCCUGAACUUCACGUACGACUCAGAGCUGGUCACGGGCGUGUACGGGUUCCCGACACCGUACCCCUUCCUAGGCACGGGCGACACGUUCCGCCAAGCGGGCAUGCCGAACAUCGAGUACGCUCUGGCCCGCGGCGUCAAGGUCGCUUUUGUGUUUGGUGAUCGCGACUACCGCUGCCCCUGGACCGGCGCCGAAACGACCGCCAAAGCAGCCCGAUGGGCGCACCAGACCGACUUUGUCGGCGUCGCAGGCUACGAGCCGCUGCAGGGCACCACCAGCAACUCUUCCUCCUCCUCCAAGGAUGGUCCCCAGGCUCUGGUCAAACAAUACGGCGCGCUAUCAUUCUCCCGUGUCCUCAACGCCGGCCACGCCGUCAGCGCGUACGCGCCCGAGGUGGUAUAUCGCGUCUUCGAGCGCGUCAUGUUCGGCAAGGAUGUCGCCACGGGGAGCACCGCUGUCAACUCCACGUACCACACCACGGGGCCUCUGGAUAGUUGGGCCUGGAGGAAUACGUUGCCCGCCGACGUGCCGCACACGUGCAUGGUCGAGGGGGAGUGGACAGCUAAGAACCCGUGGGGAGAUAUAUCGCUGUCCUGA